GCAUAAACAUACAUCUCAUCACGAUACCAAUUCAUCCUUCCACAAUUAUACGUCCACAGCUAUCCACCCACCACCAUGGCCUGCCUCCGCUUCGCAGACGUCGCUGUAACCUACACAGCCGACGCAUUCCAAGGGAUCUACCGCGGAAAACAAUACCACGCGUGCGACUUCAGCGAAGUAAUCACCCGCGCAAAAGCCUAUAACUGCGAGAAGAUGCUCCUCACGACCAUGAACCUCGAAGGAUUUCAUACCAAUCUUUCUCUAGUCCGGGAAUACCCAGAGACGUGUACGUUGACGUUGGGGGUGCAUCCUUAUCAUGUUGGGGAGAUUUAUGCUUCCACCCCUGAUGGGAGGGGGUAUCUCGACGAGUUGAGGGAAGUAGGAGAGCGGUUACUCGCCGAGGAAAAUUCCCCGCUCGUGGCAUUUGGAGAGAUCGGGUUGGACUAUGAGUACUUGAACCGAGCAGACAAAGAGACGCAAAUUCGGGCAUUUCGCGAACAACUCGACAUAGCAGUUGACAUGCAACUGCCUCUCUUCUUACACGUGCGGGAAUCCUGUGCGGAUUUCAUCGCCAUCAUCUCGGAGUAUUUAACCCGUUUACCGAAGGGGGGUUUAGUCCAUUCCUUUACCGGCUCGGUAGAAGAGAUGCGCUCGCUAGUGGCACUGGGGCUAGAUAUCAGUGUAAACGGGGUGAGUUUUCAAACCGAGGCUGGGUUAGAGAUGGUGAAGGAGAUUCCCUUGGAGCGGUUACAGUUGGAGACCGAUGCGCCGUGGUGUGAGGUGUUGGGUGGGGAUGAGCGGAUUAAGGGGUAUUUGGGGACGGCGCGGGAGUUGCCCGGGGUGAGGAAGCAUAAUAAGUUUGUGUUGGGGCAGAUGGUGAAGGGGCGGAAUGAGAGUUGUUAUAUGGAGAGGGUGGCGUUGGUGGUCGCGGGGGUGAAGGGGGUGGGGGUCGAGGGGGUUGCGCAGGCGGCGUGGGAGAAUAGUGUGAGGAUGUUUGGGUUGGGGGUGAGCGAGUAG